GACGUGAGCCCCGCCGCGGGCAGCCCCCGGCCGCAGGUCCCCGAGCGACACUGGCGGCGCCCGGGAGCGUGGCGCGGGCCCGCAGCCGAGUAGAGGAGCCGAGUGUCUAGUGAAGCAACCGAGGACCCGCCGCCGCCAUGGUGAUGUCCCAGGGCACCUACACGUUCCUCACGUGCUUCGCCGGGUUCUGGCUCAUCUGGGGUCUCAUCGUCCUACUCUGCUGCUUCUGCAGCUUCCUGCGCCGCCGCCUCAAACGGCGCCAGGAGGAGCGACUACGUGAGCAGAACCUGCGCGCCCUCGAGCUGGAGCCCCUGGAGCUCGAGGGCAGCCUGGCCGGGAGUCCCCCGGGCCUGGCGCCGCCGCCCCCGCCUCAGCGCGGCCGCCUCGAGGCGCCGGCGCACGCGCAUCAGCACGUGCACGUCCACCCGCUGCUGCACCACGGGCCGGCGCAGCCGCACGCGCACCCGCACCCGCACGCGCACCCGCACCACGCGCUCCCGCACCCGCCCCCGGUGCACCUCCCGGUGCCGCCGCGGCCCUGGAGCUACCCGCGCCAAGCGGAAUCGGACAUGUCCAAGCCCCCGUGCUACGAAGAGGCGGUGCUGAUGGCCGAGCCGCCGCCGCCCUACAGUGAGGUGCUCACGGACACGCGCGGCCUCUACCGCAAGAUCGUCACUCCCUUCCUGAGCCGCCGCGACAGCGCGGAGAAGCAAGAGCAGCCGCCGCCCAGCUACAAGCCACUCUUCCUGGACCGGGGCUACACGUCGGCGCUGCACCUGCCCAGCGCUCCGCGGCCCGCGCCACCCUGCCCUGCGCUCUGUCUGCAAGCCGACCGCGGCCGCCGGGUCUUCCCAAGCUGGACCGACUCGGAGCUCAGCAGCCGCGAGCCGCUGGAGCAUGGAGCUUGGCGCCUGCCGGUCUCCAUCCCCUUGUUCGGGAGGACUACAGCCGUAUAGAGGGGCGCCCUCUGGCGCCCCACCCGCGGACUCAUGGCCUGACUGCGGGGCUUUUUAAAUGCUUCCCUUGGACGGGGGGUA